CAGCGGCUUGGGCUUUGUAUGGGCCUCGUUAUGGUGGUGCCAAUGAGGCUGUGUUACGUAUGUCGGAGAGGAAUGGAUCUAUCGAGAAUAUAUCCAACUUCAUGGAGAAGAUCCGACGUAAGGAGCUCCCCAUGGGCUUCGGUCAUCGACAAUACAAGCAUUAUGACCCUAGAGCGGCCAUUGUGAGGAGGAUUGCUGAGGACGCAUG